AUUUUAUUAUUUAAUUUUAACUUAAAUCAGAGUGAAUUAAUAUUAAAAAAAUAUGGGUGUGGUCUUUAAAUUCAUAAUCGAUUUGUGAAGCGUUAGCUUAGCUAGAGUAAUGAAGAUUGAAGACCAACAAAGGCUAGACACUGUACAGAGACGCUUGUGUAAACCAUUAACUCUCUAUAAAAGGUUUGCUCUGUAUAAAUUUCUGUCAAAUUCGUUGGAAACUUGUUUAUAAGUUUUUAAAUAAGAUUUUAAGAUAAAUAAGUAAAUUUAUAUGUGAAAUAUGUGUGAUUUACUCGUAUGCCGAAUUUGUCUGGCUGCGGAUGACGUAAAAUUGUACAAUAUAUACAAGUAUAAUCUAAUAGAAGCUUAUAAAAACGUAACUGGAGAUCAGUUAUUAAAAGUAGAAGAUGGUCUACCGGAGUUCGUAUGUAGCUAUUGCAGCACAUUGCUGCUUAAAUAUGCGGCUUUCAAAGAGAAAUGUUGUGAUACUCGAUCGAUUCUUACAUAUGCAUCGCAAAGACAGCUAACGACAAAUGAUAUACGUUCUAUCAAUCAACAGUAUAAAUUGCCGUACACAAUAUCAACAAACUAUCCCACAGUAAACAUGGAAUACAUGGAAUAUGCAGAACAGAUUAUAAAAGAAGAAAGCAUUGUAAUUGAAUCCCCUCUUAUAAUGGAAUAUGAGACGGAACAUAAAAAGAAAAAAGUUAAAAAAAAGAAAGAAAAAAACAGUGUCAAUGUAAUAAAAUUUGAAGAUGAGGUCUUCGAUGAUGUCGGUUUUGAAGGUCACGACAGCGAUAUCAAUGACGAUGCAGAGAUGAAAGAUAUAGAAGUAAACAUUCUGAGUAAGGAGGAACAGCUCCUUGAAAUUGAGGAGAGAAAAACGUCAUCGAAUUAUGUCAAUUCAUUCUAUAAAUGCGAUUAUUGUUAUAAAGGGUUUAUCAUGGCUUCGACUUAUAAGAAUCAUAUGGUUAAACAUGAUCCGGAACGGGGUGACUUCGUGUGCGAGGUUUGCAAGUCACGCUGGACGGACGCACGUUCGCUCCGUGCGCACGUUCUCAACACGCACGAAAAGAAAUACGUGUGCAAGCUGUGCGAGUACGUGUCUAGGAACAUUCACCGAGCGAAGGAACAUUUGAAAUGGCAUAAAGGAUUUAUGUUCGAAUGCAAAAUAUGCGGAGCUCUGUUCGCCAAGUCGACCAGCCACCUCACCCACAUCCGUCUCCAGCAUCCAUCGAGCCACGCUUGCGAGCUCUGCGGCGAGUCGUUCAUCGGUGAAUUCGGUUUAAGAAUGCAUAAGAAAAAAGUCCACCAGAAUGCCGAAAGCUUAACAUCUGAAUGCGGGAACUGCAGUACGAAGUUCCAUUCCGCGAAGGCGUUGAAGAAACACUUGAAGGAUGACGUUUGUGACGCGACCAUCAGGUCCUGCCAGUACUGUGGCGAUGGCUUCGAAACCGAAGAUGCCUUGAAGAUGCAUUUGAAGGAAAACCACGAAGACGAGAGCCUGUAUUGUGAAGAGUGCGCGCGCGGCUUCGCGAGCGCGCGCUCGCUGAGCGUGCACCGCGAGCGCGUGCACCUCGGCGUCAAGCGCGCCGCGCGCCGCCGGGCGCCGCGCCGCGCGCGCGACAGCGCCGUCUGCGAGGUCUGCGGCCUCACCUGCAUCUCCAAGGCCACGCUGAUGUACCACCAGCGAACGCACACUGGAGAGAAGCCAUAUCACUGCACACAGUGUCCGAAAAAAUUUAGUAUAAUGCAACUACUUCAGAUCCACAUUAGGACACACACGGGGGAGAGGCCGUUCAAGUGUCAGAACUGUCCAAAGGCUUUCAAGCACAAGGCCGCUCUCAACAGACAUAACAGGGUGCACACAGGUGUGAAGCCCUACAGCUGUCCCCAUUGCAGUAAGUCCUUCACACAGUCAAAUUCGAUGAAGUAUCACAUCAAUACUGUACACCUUAAGCUUCCAGCGCCAUAUAGGAACAGGCGAAAUAAACUAGAUGUAACAACAGAUUGUCUCAUCAAACAUUUUGUGUUUGAUAGUCGAAGUAAUCAGUUAGUAAUCUGUGGCGUUACCUUAUUCCCUAUGAGUAAUAUGUUUUAUUGUUCGUUCGUUAGUAUACAUUAUAUUAUCUGUGAAUGUGGCGAUACAUUUCCAACAGAGGAGGCAUUAAAAGAACAUUUGGAAAAAGAGCAUACUCAAAAAGUUGCAAUCGAAAGAAAUGAAUACAAGUGCGAUACAUGUGAUAAAAUCUUUGCAUCGGAAAAGGCAUGCCUCAUCCAUCAGAGAAUACACACCAACCCCAGGAUGAAGAAGGAGCGGGAUGCUGCGGACAGGAGGAGAUAUUACAGUAUAAAGAAUAUCGUCUGUGAAGUCUGCGGAAAGAGAUAUGCAUCGAACGCUGCGCUACGCUACCAUCAGCGGGUGCAUACGGGUGAGAGGCCGUACCAAUGCUCCGAAUGUCCCAAGAACUUCACAAUGCCACUGUUUUUGCAAAUCCACAUGCGCACACACACUGGAGAGAGACCGUACGAGUGCCCGCAGUGUCCAAAAGCAUUUAGUAACAAGGCUGCACUGUUGCGACAUGAUCGGGUACACACCGGAAUCAAACCUUACGAAUGCCCUCAAUGUGGGAAAUUCUUCACGCAAUCGAACUCCAUGAAGCUCCACGUGAAAACUGUACACCUCAAGAUGCCAGCGCCCUACAAGAGCAGGAACAGACGAGCGAAACAAACAAACCGACAAGCUAUGAAUGUAGAAGUACAAAUCGAGGAAGGAAUGUAUCAGCCUCAGGUCAAGACGGAGCUCAAAGAAUAUGAAACUGAUGGGGAGAUAUACCAAGGAGAUGUUUAUCAAGAGGUGUACCAAGACGGAGACAUGUUGUACGAAGAAGUGAAGGUAGAGGGCUCGGAGAUUGCGAUGUACGCGAAUGAUGAUGAACCAGAAGUGUUGUACGAAGAAGUUUAUGAAAUAGAGGAAGUGUAGACUUUAUGUUAAGGAACCCACCCCCUGUUAAAUAUAGGCCCCCUGCCUUAUAAGUCGUCAUGGAUUAUUUAUAAUGGACUUAUUUAUACCAAAAAUGUUUGUAAUAAGAAGGACCCCUUUGAAAUGUUUCAGGGAUUAUUAAAGUGAUUCACUAGAAUAUCGCGGUUAAGUGUAAUUAGUGCUAUUGCUAAUUGUUGCCUUAAUAAUUAUAAAAUCUCCAAUAAAAUGUUUUUGAUUUUUUCGUACAAGUUGUAUACAUGUAGUCGUUUUCAAUGGCAAGCGAAGUAAUGAUAAAUAAAUAACAUUAACCUUCAAUGACAUUGUGGAUUCGCGAACGAAUGAAUUUUGUUCAUAAUAUAACAGUGCUGUUUGUGAAUCGCAUGAAAUACAUUGAUUUAAUAUUUAUUUAUCUUUAUUCCUUCUGCUAUUGAAAUGUGGUAUAGGUAACUAAUUUUAUUUAUUAGACUAUAAAAUAUGUAUGCCUAGUGCUAGUUUUUUUUUUUUUUACUUAUUCGAUAGUAUUGACAUUAGCUGCGAGUUGUAUGGAAUUCCGAUUUUGUUUCACUAGAUGGCGCUGUUUCCGUUCCAUAUAAAUCGCAGUUAACGUCAACGGGCAUAUGUUACUCUACUAGUAACACAAACGCUGUACAUGUGAGUGAGCGCGCAAUAUACUCCGCUAUGGACAUGAGUUGUUUAUAAUAUCACAUAAUAUAAAAGUUUAGUAUUUAUUAUUUAUGUUUUAAACAUUAAACGAUAUUCACCAAUGGUUUAUUUCUUGAAGAAAAACCUAAUAAAAAAUAUUGGUAUUUUUAUUUUAAUUUUUGGCGUAACUAAGUCCAAUGAUCCGCUAAGUUUGUUAAAGGAAUAAUUGCAUGGUAACUUUGUUCUAAAACUGCAUUCUAAUUUUAAAUUUUUAUUAGACAAACAAAUACAUAAAAAACCAAAUUAAAAUGUCAUUGUAGAUAUAAUUAUAUCACACAUGGAUUGGUUGUUUUUUUUUGUUUUAUUUUUUUUUACUUUCACUUUUACAAAACAGUCAAGAGGAUGAAAU